AUGGAAGAAAAGGCAGACACUCAAGAAUACCUCAGUAGAGUUGUCAAGGCUGGUUUCAUGAUGCAAGAGGGGGGCUACAGCAAGAAGGAAAUUGAUUUGACCACGGACGUCUUGGGAGGCAUGGCUCCUGAUGGCUCACCGACAAUUCAAACGAGGGCCAACUACCCGCGCUAUUUGCGUGUUGAGCAGGGCACGUGGGCAGCGUUGAUUCGGACAACUCGGAACGCCCAAGAAGCCUGGGCGUUAUUCAAAAACCCCCCUGAACCUGGGAUGAGACCAACGUUCGACGUUUACUGGGAAUUGAUGGUGAAGCUCGCAGCGGAGCCUGCUGAUCCUGGUCACCAUAAUCUUCCCGGGGAUGGGAGAGAAGUCUUCCCUUUCAACGACAGGAACUUUAGCGACUUCGAGAAAGCGCGGACAACCCCACCCAGCAUACCCAAGUUGAUAGAGGAGAUGUCCAACGCCGGCGUGGCCAUCCGGGGACGGACGUUGGCUUGGCUCCUUAGGCAGGCCCCCAACAUCGAGACUGCUCUGGAGUAUACCAACCACAGUAGCUUGGACGAAACACUCAAGAGCAACCUUAGGUGGUGCCUGAAAGAGUACCAGAGGCCCCCGUCAAACCCGUCCACCAAGCUCCCUCCGCCCACCAACUUACCUCGCGAUAUUUUGCAUGCUGUUAUCGACUUUGUUUGUCGGCUACAGCCCAACCGAACGGCAAAUACCCCCGACUCGCUCCCCAACUAUAAGCUCUACCCCAUACAUCACGCUCUCCGACUUGCGCAAACCGGAUGGAAAUCUGCUCACGCCUCUGGGAGAGCACCGUGGGAAUCUAUCAUGCUUGCCUUGGGCAGGCCGAACAUCAUGGUUAGCAACAAUGUUCCACGAGACAACGACAUUGAGGUUAUGAACAUGGCCCUCAAAGUCCUGGAGAAGGCUGAGGAGCAUAGCGCGCUCAGCUUGAGCAUGUUUGAUUCAUUUGCCCAGGCAGUACGCAAGGCUGUCUAUUCAAGACUUCCCAUCUUACUUGAGCGUGCUUCGUCCACUUCUACUAUUCUUCCGGAGGACGAAGAGUUUAUGUCACUCUAUCAGGCACAGAGCACAGAGUUGGGGAUACCAAACGGUCCCCACGUCUUCCGGAAAGCCGACUCGGCCAAUGACGUUUCCGGCUCAUGGCGACAGAUACUCACACCGGUUUUCCAGAGCCGCCAAGAGCGGGACAAGCUCCAGACGCCUUGCAAUAUCGUCCAGGAAGCAUCGGAAAGAUUGAGAGCUGCCUGGAGAGUGCUGUCCACCAAAGCCUCGGCACGACAGCCUUAUGUCGAUCCACGCGUGACAGCUUCCCACAUCAAUGGCUACAUGCGCACACUCGCGGCUAUUGGCGAUCUCGAGGAAAUGGUUCUGCUUCUGUGCUGGGUUGUGCGAGACUGGGCCCCCACGGCCGCCGGCGACUUGUCUCUUGCCGACGCGAGGCGUCUUUCUAGGGCAGUCAUCGUGUUCCGGGCCUUUGCAGAACCAUUGCUUGACGAGAGCAUAGUGGCCUCUUUGCGCGAGGAGCUUGAAAUGCACAGUGAGGAGGGGGGACCAGUGCACUGGCCUACCAACCAAGAAGUUGAACAGUACAUAGAGGGCGAUGAAUGGGGCAAUCAUCAGAAUCUGCACGAAGUUAUCAAGCUAGCAGCGGCUUCGGGACAAGAGCAGCUGAAGCAAGAGCACCAGUUGUUGGGAACCGAGAGAUAUGAAGACGUCGCUCGAAGUUGGGGGAGUUGCAAGACAAGAUGA